AUGGGACAUUUACUCUCUGUCUUUUUUCCCCAACAGAGUUCAGACAGUUCGGACACCAAAGGAUCUGGGGAGACCAGGGCAGCGACUACUGCUGCUGAGAACGUCAAGUCGUUCAUCGCGGGUGGAUUCGGUGGUGUAGCUGCUGUUUUGGUCGGUCAUCCCUUCGACCUGACGAAGACGAGGUUGCAGACCGCUUCCCCAGGAGUGUACAAGGGCGCCAUUGAUGUCGUUAAACAAACUGUUGCUAGAGAUGGAAUCAACGGUCUGUACCGCGGCAUGCUACCACCAUUACUUGGUGUCACGCCAAUAUUCGCUAUGUCAUUCUGGGCAUACGAUGCCGCAAAGGGAUUGAUCUUCACCCUCACGCCCAACAGGACUUCCACUUCUCUCUCCUACGCUGAACUCGCCACAGCUGGUUUCCUUUCUGCCGUCCCAACCACCGCGGUGACUGCUCCGGUCGAGAGGGCAAAGGUGCUCUUGCAGAUUCAGGGACAGGGUGGAUCAGGCAAGCAAUACACAGGUGUUUUGGAUGUUAUGAAGCAUCUUUACAAGGAGGGUGGUUUGCGUAGUAUCUUCCGCGGUUCUGGAGCGACAAUAGCUCGUGACGGACCUGGAAGUGCAGCUUAUUUUGUCGCGUACGAGGCCACGAAGAAAUACCUCACGCCGGUCGGCCACACUCCUGGCGAUCUGAACUUGGGUGCUAUCAUCGUCGCCGGUGGGACUGCUGGUGUUGCGAUGUGGGCCAUCGCUAUCCCUCCCGAUGUCAUUAAAUCACGGCUACAGUCUGCGCCGACAGGAACAUACUCCGGAAUCAUGGAUUGCUUGAGGAAGACCAUUGCGGCUGAUGGGGCGGGUGCUCUAUGGAAAGGAUUUGGGCCUGCUAUGGCACGGGCAUUCCCUGCGAACGCGGCAACAUUCCUUGGUGUCGAAUACUCGCGACAGCUGCUGGAUACAUUUUUCUAA